CUAUUUCUGCUUGUGAAAAGGCUUCCCCUGUAAUUACGAGGCGAUUUAACGCCCUGUCUGAGCUGUCGUUCACAGCUGCCGGACACAGCGCUCAGCAGGAACUCCUCAUCCCGGCAGAGUCGCUCUUUGAGCCAGUCACACCUCAGGCAGCCCUCGGCAGCGUCUCUUCCUCACUUCAAAAUGUCCCUGUCGCACACGGCUGCCGAGUACAUGCUCUCUGAUGCUCUGCUCCCGGAUCCCAGCAGCUCCCGAGCCAAGGGCUUGCGGCUGGAGCUGCCAAGCGAUCGCCUGCUCAAGUUUGUCACCGUGGGGCUGCCCCUCUUCCUCGUCUCACUGGCUUUCGCCCGGGAGUUCUCUGCUGGCUCCCAGAUCAGCUGCUUCUCUCCCACCAACUUCACGGGGAAGCAGUCCGCCUACACCGACACGGCUUGCUGGGACUCCCUCAUCCACCAUGGCUUCGACGCCGAGGGACGUGCCAUCACCAAGUCCCUCUGGGCUCUCAAGGUCUUCCCCUACUCUCUGCUGGUGGUGGCGGUGCUGAUGUACCUGCCGUACCUGCUGUGGCGUUACGCUGCUGCCCCCGCCCUGCACUGCGACCUCCUCUUCAUCAUCGACGAGCUGGAUAAAUCCUACAACCGCUCCGUGCGCCUGGUGCAGCACAUGAAGAAGGUCCAGCAGGCCAGUGCCGAGCCAGAGCAAUUCUGGGAGGAGUAUGAGAGGGCCCGUCGGGAGAGGUAUUUCGAGUUCCCAUUGCUGGAGCGGUACCUGACCUGCAAGCAACGUUCCCAUGCCCUGGUGUUCAUCUACAUCCUGCGGAACCUGCUGCUGCUCCUGUUCCUGGCUGCCACCUGCCUCUACCUGGUCUUUCUCCACCUUAACAUCUUCUUCCAGGAUGAGUUCAGCUGCUCCAUCAAAACGGGGCUGCUCCAGGAGGAGCCACACAUCCCUCCGCUCAUCCCUUGCAAGCUGGUCUUCUUCUCCGUGUUCCAGCUCAUCAGCCUCUCAGUGGGCAGUGUCUAUGUCCUCCUCAUCCCUGUUGUCAUCUACAAUGCCCUGCAGCUCUGCCAGUGGGACAAGGGACUGCUCUCUGUCUAUGAGAUGCUGCCUGCCUUUGACCUGCUCAGUCGCAGGAUGCUCACCUGUCCCCUCAACGAUCUCAACGUCAUCCUCCUCUUCCUCCGCGCCAACAUCUCUGAGCUGACCUCCUUCAGCCGCCUCAACGCCGUCAGCGCCCUGAGGGAAGCCACUGCCAACAAGGAGGACAUCGAUACUGUCAUCGAUUUCAUGACACUGCUGGCUGGGCUGGAGACCACCAAGCCCAAACACCAAGCUUGCACCCCCGGGGCCGAAGGCAGUACAGCGCUCUCCAACGGAGCGGCCCUAGAACCAAAGCCUGGAGUGGAAACGAUGGGAAAAGGCUCACGGGACUCGCUCGGCUCUGCCUGACCCAGAAGCAGGCAGGGAUCCUGUGAUCCCAGGAGCCACUUUUCUGACACAGCUGUUCUGAAGCAGCCAGGCUGAACCCACCUGCACCUCCUGCACCUGGCCUUUCCCUUCUUAUGUACAUUUGUCCAGCAAAAAAGGGUUAAACAAUCCAUGUUUUGUGCAGAACCUCUCGGGUCUCUUAUUCUAAGUGCUGGGUGCCAUGCUGUGCCUCUUCCACACAGAUUUCCUCGCUCUUAUGGCAAGAGGU